AUGAAUAGCGAUAAACCGUAUAAUGAACUUAGAUUCUUAGCCAAGAUGAUAUCAAAGAAUCCAGAUAAUGAUAAGCGCGAAUUUUCAGUUAUAUUUUCACUCGUUAAUGAUGAAGUUAAAGUUUGGGAAAAUAAAACAGAUGGUUUUGACGGAGGUUUUGUUUACAAAGCUCCACAUAUUCGCCCAAAGGCUCCACCACAUUAUAAUGACAUGUAUAUCGGUGCUAAUGUUGAAAUUAAUCAUGUCGUAUAUAAAUUAUACGGCGCUCCAGAAAACACAUACGAGAUUAUGGAAGCAUACUCAGAUGAUUUCCCAAGAUCAGAUCUAACCGUCAUUAUUCCCAAACUUAAGCCAAUAAAGAGCAAACUUCAAGAAGACAUGAUGCAAAAGCUGAUUCCAGAUACAGAUAGAAUUAAACUUACAGAUGCAGAAAAUAUCCUUCAACAUUGCGGAGUUGAACUUUGCGAACAAGAAAUUAUUUCUAUCAUACGCAGAUAUAGAUUUUUCAUGACCAAAACAUUUUCUGUUCAAGAAUUUAUUAACUCUAUUUAA